AACCAAUGCUUUGGAAAGCCAAUAAGUUACAUCACGCAUGUUGUUGAAAAGAAAAGUGCAUCAGCAGAUAUUUCGCAUCAGUUUCAGUUUGUUGUGGGAUUUUUCAGCCGAAAAAAAGCAUAUUUAAUGUACAUCAAUUUAUCGAUGGUGCAGACAUGCAUUAAUCCACACUGUUGAAGUUAAUGAUUGGCUAGAUUUACAGGCGCUUGUUAAUAUGUCAGAGUCGAAACAGUUAUAUACUUGAGUUGCGUUAAAUAAAGUACCGCAAUCGAAGAAAAUUCCGGAGAAAUAACGAGAUACAUAUCUCACGGUGCACAUAUACUUUUUUCGUCGUAGUACAUUUAGUUUUGUUUGAUGAGAAUAUUCGAAAAAAAGCCGAAAUACACAAGUACUUUUCUAAUUCGCUUCUUUUUGCUACCAAAACUGUUAUACCCAUCGACGUCGUCACUGUUGUAUGAUAAAAUAUUAAUUUAAAAAUUCGCGUUGUCGCGAAAAUCGCAAUCUACUUGUUCGGGCGUUUGUUCGAUUAACAAAAAACUUUUACGGCAAUUACAACUCGAAAUCUCCGGACAAAACGGUAUCGGUAUCCGGCAACGAUAACGAAAAAUCAAACGAAACAAUUUCCAUAAUGGCCGCCUAUCUCAACCGCACCAUCUCACUGAUGACCGGUACGAAUGGGGUGGCAUCCACAUACGAUACGGCGGCGCUUAUCGACGCAAACACAUCGCCGCGGGGACUUCAUGUUGUCGGCACCGUUGGACACAACGAUGUGUCUCCACUUCAGAUCUUUGUGCGGGCCAAGAAAAAGAUCAAUGACAUAUUCGGAGAGAUAGAAGACUAUGUCGUGGAAACAACGGGAUUCAUCAAUGCUCUCCCAACGAUCGUGGAAAUUGUCGACAAGGCUGAGGCGGAACAAUUCAAAAGCUACGUGCUCAAGGUGUCCGGUAUCCGGGAAGUACUCGCCCGAGAUCACAUGAAGGUGGCUUUCUUCGGACGCACAUCGAACGGCAAAAGUUCCGUCAUUAACGCUAUGUUGAAGGACAAAAUCCUUCCGAGCGGAAUCGGACACACCACCAACUGUUUCUGUCAGGUUGAGGGUGUCGAUGGGGAUGAAGCGUAUCUGGUGAAGGAGGGAUGUGACGAGAAACUGAGUGUUACGUCCGUCAAACAAUUGGCCAACGCAUUAUGUCAGGAGAAGCUAUCGGAAAGCUCAAUGGUUCGGAUAUUUUGGCCACGUAAGCAUUGCAGUUUGCUGCGAGACGAUGUCGUGUUUGUUGAUUCACCAGGUGUAGAUGUUUCACCAAAUCUCGAUGACUGGAUCGAUAACCAUUGUCUCAAUGCAGAUGUUUUCGUGUUGGUGUUGAACGCGGAAUCAACUAUGACACUAGCGGAAAAAUCUUUCUUUCACGAGGUUUCAACCCGACUUUCGAAACCCAAUAUAUUUGUACUGAACAAUCGUUGGGAUGCUUCGGCAUCAGAACCAGAAUUCCAGGAAUCGGUGAAAGCACAACAUCAAGAGCGCUGCAUUGAUUUCCUCGUGAAGGAAUUGAAGGUUGCAACCCAGAAGGAAGCGGAGGAGCGCGUAUUUUUCGUUUCGGCUCGUGAAACACUGCAGGCUCGGUUGAAGGAGGCGGAAGGUUUACCGGCGAUCGCUGGUGCGAUUGCCGACGGUUUCCAGAAUCGCUACUUUGAGUUUCAAGAUUUUGAGAGAAAGUUUGAGGAAUGUAUCUCAAAGAGUGCCGUCAAGACGAAAUUCGAACAGCACAGUUUGCGGGGCAAAAGUAUUUCCAGCGAGAUGCGUUUGAUGCUGGAUAACAUAUACGACCGAGCGAACACAUUGCGCAACCAAAAGCUAGAACAAAAGCAGAAGCUCACGGAUCGAAUUGCGACCACGGAGACACAGCUCAUGCAGGUGACCCGGGAGAUGAAGAUGAAAAUUCACAACAUGGUUGAGGAAGUUGAACAAAAGGUAGCCAAAGCGCUAAACGAGGAGAUCUGGCGAUUGAAUGUGCUCAUCGACGAGUUUAACCUCCCUUUCCACACUGACCCGCUGGUGCUCAACGUUUACAAAAAGGAGAUUAACGCCCACGUUGAAAAUGGGUUGGGAUCAAAUCUAAGAUCGCGCUUGAGCACAGCUCUGGCGAUGAAUGUCGAAACGGCGCAGCGUGAAAUGACUGACAGGAUGACGGCGUUGAUUCCUUCCGAGAAAAUGGUAACUCAUACACACCAUGUAGUAGCGAGGAAUCAGCCUUUCGAGAUGUUGUACACACUGAAUUGUCAGAACUUGUGCGCUGAUUUCCAAGAGGAUUUGACUUUUCGAUUCUCCUGGGGUAUAACGGCGUUUAUCGCACGCUUCAACGGGAAAAUGCGCGCUGGUAACAGAAAAGCGAUUACCCAUACCAGACAAAAUAGUAACAUGAACGUUUCGCAAAUAGUGUCCCCGACCUCACCAAUGUGUCUUAUGCCAGAAAACGAACUGCUGACACAAGAGCAACUAUCGGUAAUAUCAAAGGUGGCUGUUGCGUCGAUUGGUUCCCAGGGAACGAUAGGAUUACUGGUUGCGGGAGUGCUCCUGAAAACCAUUGGCUGGAGGGUGAUAGUUGGCGCCGGCAUCCUGUAUGGCAGUGUAUAUUUAUACGAGCGACUUUCGUGGACAAAUGCAGCUAAACAAAAGUGCUUCAAAAAUCAGUAUGUGCAGCACGCAACUAGGAAGCUGAAGUUAAUUGUCGAUCUUACUUCGGCCAACUGCAGUCAUCAAGUGCAGCAGGAAUUAUCCAGCACCUUCGCCCGGCUGUGCCGGGUGGUGGACACCGCCACCACCGAUAUGAACAGUGAGCUGAAGGAUAUCGAAAAUUCGCUGGCCGUGAUCGAAUCUAACCAGAAGCAGAUUAAAGUUUUGAGUAAUAAGGCAAACUUUAUUCAGCGAGAGUUGGAAAUUUUUGACAGUAACUACAUCAAAGAAAACUAGAAUUUACCCCAUAAAAGAUGAUAAUAUAUUGCUAUAGAAGAGCCCGAACGUAUAUAGACCUGAUCGUCUGUAGAUGGAAAAUUUAGUUUCUUCCUAUCUGUUAAAUUAUACAAUUUUACAACAUGUGCAAAAAAAAUUAUUUAAUCGUUACCAGUUUUGAUGUGUAAUUGAAAUACCGAUAAUUUAAUAAUUACAAAAGAUUUAUUUGAAUACUACAUUCGAUUACCCAUAACAAGUAAAAAAAAACCUAGGAAAUUGAAUUAAAAAUUGAGCUACUAUAUUUAACCUGUAAGAGUGUAUACAAUCUGGAAAAGCGAGGUAACAAAACCUUUUCCCUGUGCUGUAGAUUAGCGCUGUUAUUCAUUGAAUAUGGCAACUGUUGUAAAAUAAAUAUUAUCCCAAUUAUCAAUUAA